GCGUCGCGCUUUGAUGACGCUUAACCCUAGCUGGGGCGCUGAAGUGACGUCAAAAGGAGGGGGAACCAGACACUCCAAAAGGCCCAACUCUGAGAGGAAAAGAGGAGGGGGGGGGACAGAAGAGAGGACAUGCGCAGUAGGUUCACGUCGCGCCUUGAUGACGCCCAACCCCAGCUGGCGCCCCAAACAAAGUGCGGGGGUGUAUAAAUGUCUGUGUGUAUAUGUGUGACGGCAGGGGCUGUGGCGCAUGCGCAGUUGGCCGGGCAGGCGCUCCUUCCCGAGUGAGGCCUGCCUCAGUGACAGGAGCCGCGGCUGAGGGGAGAAGGGAGGCCCUGAGGGGGCGGAGGGGGCUCUCCCAGCCCUUCUUCCGCCGCCGCCGCCCCCUCAGCCGCAGGGCCUCGGAUGCCCAGGGCGCCUCCUCCCUUCCCUGCGGGGAAUGAACCUGCAACAGCAGCAGCAGCAGGAGGAGGAGGAGGAGGAAGAAGGCGAAGGAGGAGGCAUGGAAGAGCCAGCCAUGGCUGGGAUGGAGGCUCCAAGAGCAGAGGAGGAGGAGGAGGAGCAGGACUCUGGGGCUGUCCCUGUGGCGCAGAACUCGAACCCAGAGCUGGAGCAGGGCUACCGCAUCCUGAGGGAGUUCCUGCUGGAGAAGCACCGGCCCCUCACGGCGCCUUUCCUCAGGCCUUUAGGGGGAGAAGGAGGAGGAGGAAGAGGAGGGCCCCGGGAGGCUGCCGCUGCCGCUGCCGCCUCGUCCUCCAUGUCUUCUUGCGCUGAGGCUCCUGCUGCUGCUGCUGCUCCCGGGGGGAUGUGGCUGCUGAAGAUGGAGGAGAAGUUCUCUGCCGGGCAGUACCGGGGCAUCGGGGACUUCGUGGCCGACUUCCGCCUGAUGCUGGAGACCUGCUACCGCCUCCACGGCGUCGACCACUGGCUCUCCAGGCAGGCCCAGAAGAUGGAGAGGAUGCUCGAGCAGAAGCUGGCCCUCCUCUCGCGGCAUUUGAGAGAGAAGACAGCAAUAGCAGUAACAUCUAAAGGGUUCUAUGGGCUGGAAGAUGAGAAGGGAACAGCUUGUACUUCAACAAGGCGUCGUUCUACACCACGCAGUUUAGCAGGCUUGACUACAGGCGUGUUUGAAUCCGUAAUGGUUCAGGUUCUGAGACAGGAAGAGCAACUGAGAGCAAAAGAAGAAAAGAGACUUCGAGAACAAGAACGGAAAGAGGCAGAAGAAGCUAGUCAAAAAGAAAUUGAGGAAUGGGAAAAGUCCCUUUUAUCUCAAGCAGCACCAAACCGGAUGGAAAAUAUGUGGGAAAUUCCAGCAAUUGGCCAUUUCCUUUGUUUAGCACAACAUAUUUUAAACUUGCCAGAAAUAGUAUUUUAUGAAUUGGAGCGCUGCCUUUUGAUGCCCCAGUGCAGUGCUUUUCUAUCUAAAAUAAUGACUUCUUUAUUGAGUCCUCCAAACCGAAGAUCUACCUUGCAUCGAAGACCAACUCUCCCUUACAGAACUUGGGAAGCAGCACUUAGGCAGAAAGUACAGCAGUGGUAUACAGCUGUGGGACAAACUGAUAAUCCAGAUGGUUGUGCAGAAAAGCUUGGUCUUUGUCCUCAAUUUUUUAAAGUCCUCGGAGAAACUAAUCCUUUGGAGGAAAAACCAUUUCAUGACCUCCCAUUUUGUCAAAAAGUAUGGCUGCUAAAAGGCCUUUGUGACUUUGUAUAUGAGACUCAAAAGGAUGUUCAAGAUGCCGUACUUGGUCAACCUAUUCAUGAGUGCAGGGAAGUGAUUCUGGGUUAUGACUACUUAGAACAUGCCUAUGUUCAUUUCCCACAGUUCUGUGGUGCAGAUGUGCGGAUUUACAAACAGAAGCCUUUCUAUGCCCCUGAGUUUCCAGCUUCUCCCAUUAAGGUAAAAAGAGUACCACGGAUUAAAUUGGAGAAAGUGAAGUGUGAAAAUACCAUUAAAAGCAACGGAGAAGUUAGUGCUAAGGGGCUGUUAUUCCAAACAAAGGCAGCACUUGGAAAAAAUAUUUGCUCAGCAAAAACCCACUUGGACCUCUUGAAUGUCAUGCCAGAAAAAGAAAUGAAACCCAGCUGUGAAGAAAAUAUUCACAAGGACUGUGACUUUACAACAGACUGCUGUAAAGAAAAUAGAGAUAGGGCCAUUGUUCCAGGAGAGAAUGUUGGAUUUGUGGGGCCUCUCAGCCCAGGAGAAAUUCGGAUUGUUGAAAAUGGAGAAAAAUGUGUGGAAUCUUUAAUAGUGAAAACAGAGGCCACUCCAUUAAAAGAGAACACUCUCAAAACCUGCCACCUGCAUGUGAAUGGGAAUCACUGUGAUCAUCCAGACAUGAAUUGCCCCAAAGUUCCUAAAGAUGUACCUUCAGAGCUCUCUGUAGAAAACAAAACACUAAGGUUUAACAAAGUACGAGCAAAGAAGAAGAAAAAGAAAAAAAAGAAAUUGAAAAGUAUUUUAAAUGAAAACCUUCAGAGAAAACGUGAACUUCACCUCCACUCGCUGAAAUCUUAUAAACCUGAGCUACAGAAUAAAUUACUCCUGAUGAAAAAGAAAGCAAAACACAAGAAGCACAAAUCUGGGAAAAAAUCCAUAUCUAAAAAAACCAUUACAAAGAAAAGGAAGUCCAUUACAAAGCCUGCUGUUCCAGAGUUUCAGCUUAUUUGCACUAAUCUUGAUGAACUCAGGGAAUUAAUUGGAAAAAUUGAGAAUGAACUCAAAGAUGUGGAGAAUAUUAAAAAGAAAUCGGGAAGGUGGUAUCAUCGAAAGCAAGCUGUAAAAGAACUACACUGUACUCUGAUACGACUGCUAAAUGAAUUGUUACCAUGGGAACCAAAAUUAAUGAAAGCUUUUCAAAGAAACAGGUCUCGAUUAAAGAAGGACUAUGAUGACUUCAAAAGACAGCCAGAUCAUGAUAAAUUUACGAGAGAACAGUGGACUAAUGAGGAUGGUGAAAUAAAUACUGGCAAAGAGGUUUCCAGUUUGUUAACCAGUGACUCUUCACAGCACACUGAAUUUUUGAAAAGGAAUUACAGAGAUUCAGAUGACAUGAAACUAUCAGAGAUGAAUCUUGCUACCGGAAAAUCCAGACCACUGAGAAAAGAACUGACUUGUAGAGAAAUACAGAAGAUAGUGCCUAAAUCUGUUAAACGCCAGUCUAAGCAAAACAGUUGCUUAGAUGAUAGCACAAAUGAGUUUUCACCAAGGAAACGGCUUAAAUUAAGCACAAGUGAUACUACAGUCCAUAGUAUAGAAAAUGAUCCGUCAAUAGAUGAUUGUUUGAAUCAGCAAAGAGAAUCCUCAUUUUCAGAACCAAUAGACAUGACGGAUACUCCAGUCUCAACACCAAAUUUAAUAAGAGGGACCAAACCCAUCCAGGCCUUGCUUGCUAAGAAUAUUGGGAACAAAGUGACCUUAACAAGUCAGCUGCCACCCAAUGUAGGCAGAAGCAUUUCAACUUCUGAAAAACUGAUUAUGUCAACUAUAGGUACCUCCCCAGUCAAUCCAAUGGUGCCCUGCCAGACCAGCUCAAAGAAUCCUUUACAAGUAUUGUACAAAAUGCCAGGUGGCCAUUGUGUGCCAAUAGACCUGCACAAUAAUUCAGUGAAAAUUCAGGUGCAGCCCGUUGGUGAUGGUAAACCGGGAGAGAAAACCACAGGAGAGAAAAUCAUGCAGCAAGUCCUUAUUUUACCUAAAAAUUUUCUUAUCCAUCACAGAGACAGUAAAAGUGGGGCAAAAGAAAUCUCAUCAUUGCAACAAAAGACUACUGAACAGCAUUGCAUCUCUCUUCCCCAGCCAACAGCUAUCAACACUACUUUAGCACCUGUCGUUUCAGCUUCACCUGUCGUCAGUGCUGCUGCUACCUUUCUGCCCAGCACAAAUUUUAAAAAGAAUACUACACAUUUGGCACAAGGAGCUGAUACUGGCAAUAGAUUUCCAGUAUUGCCUUCUAUAGGCCCCACAGGUAAUAUAUUAGCUUCAGUAAUGAAAAUGAGCCAGUGUGAAACUACUAAAACUAAGACUGUCAUUUCAGCUGCUUCAUCUCCUGUUGCUUCACCUACUGUUUCCUCAGCAGUUCAGACUUGGACAACCACACUUCCACAGAGUGUUUCUGCUUGCACCAGCAAUUCCUCCCCAAGAUUAGCAUCUCCACAAAAAAACGCUGAUGUUAGUGAAGCUAAACAAGAACUGAAAACAAUCUGUAUCAGAGAUUCACAGUCAAUCCUUGUUACAACUCGAGGUGGGAACACAGGAAUUGUUAAAGUACAGACAAAUUCAGACCAGCUAUCCCCAAAUAACUUAGCCCCAAAUUCUGUUUUCACAUAUUCACCUCAGCUGCAGACAUUUUUAGUGCCAAAAUCCACACAAUUACCAAACUCCUCAGCUGUAACAACAACCAUACCUAGUUUUCCAGCACUUAUUCAAUCAUCUCCAACAACUUCUGUUUCCAUUUCAUCUCUUCCUGCUAGUGUAAAUAAGGCAGUGGGGGAAAACAUGACCAUUGCAUUUGGGAAGCCUCUUAACAGUGGUACCAUGGGUCAUGGUUUGCAAAAAACUGUACAUGUAUCUCCCCCUAACUUCCUGGCUCCUAAAUCAUCUAAAAUUGUCAUGCCGCCGCCGCCACCACCAAACAGCUCUGCUAAUGCAGCUAGCAUUUCUCCAGGAAACAUUGGGCAGAAUACAACAUGCACUACCCAGGCUCCUUUGAUGAAUCAACAAGUCAGUAUAAAUUGUACAAAAUAUUCUGUUACUCAGCCUGAAUCCAUGCCCAUAACCAGUGGAACUGCAGUGAGUGGUGCUCAGAUUCAAAAACUUAUGUUGGUCACAAAUCCCCCGCUUCUUCCUGCCUGUGGACCUGCAGGAGUCAAUCUGAUCCCUGCUUCAACAUGCAGUGGCACAACUGCACAGAAAGUGGUUUUCAUUAAUACUCCACUUGCCAAUAUUCAUUCAAACACCACUUUAACUGCAGAAUCAUUUAAGCAGACCUUUUCUCCUUCAAUGGGCAAAACAUAUGUUAAAAGUACAGAGCAGCCUCAAUUAGUCCUCAUUCCAUCUUCUGUGGGGACUUCAUUAAAAGUAAAUACGUCGCCAACUGUUUCUCAGAUAAAAGAUGUGAAAAUAGGACUUAACAUUGGUCAGGCAAUUAUAAACAGCACAAGUAAUGUUCAGAGUGUCCCACCAAUUAACAUCAUGCAGCCUGCAGCUUCAAAAGAUGCAGAAGAGAAAAAUGGUGUAACUUUGACAUUGCCAACAUGUGGUGCUUUAGUUCCUGUAUGUUCAGAUUUGGCAUGUCAGAGUGUUACGUCUUUCAAAGGGUCUCCAAGUGCUACAACAAGAGCAGCCAAUGUAUCCACAGUAACAACAAAUACAUGUUUAGAACCUGUUUCCGUGGCAUUGAAUGGCCCUACUACUGGAGCACAGCCUCCUGUCUUGGCUGGUGGAGUAGAUACUUCAACAAAAAUAACACCCGUUGGAAAUACUCGACUCCGUACCUCUAACAUUGGAAACACUAUGGCUAUAUCAACAGUGAAAACAGGACACCUUGCUUCAUCUGUUCUGAUAUCAACUACUCAGCCAGCAGCAUGUCAUCCAAAUUUAACAUCUAGUUUUCAAUUGCCAGUUACAGUUGCUUUGCCUGGACCUGUGAAUAGUGCUCCUCCAGUGAUGCACACUGUCACUCAGUUGCCAGCAGCUCCGUCUGCUGCACAGUGUAUGCCCCUUUCAAAAGGUCAGCAGUCUACCGUGGUCCAGUUUCAGUCACCAGGAAUUCCAGCUGCAGUGCCAAUAAACAGGAGUGCUCAAAAACCCCAAACUGUAUUGCCCCCUAAUACACCAAAUACAGGUAAAGUAAUUAAUCUUUCGAAUUUAGUUAACCUGCCUUGCCAGUUGCUGCCUCCUAAUUUUGUAAAGCCAAUUCCUGUUUUCACAUGUGGUCCCGGUGUCUCUACUUCUCAAACUGUUUCAGUUUCACCAUCUAUAGGUAGUAACAUAGGAGGACAGUUGAAUGAGACUUGUAUUCAGCAGAAAAUAAUUAUUAACACUUGUACACCUUUGGCACCUGGAACUCAGAUAAUGAUCAGCGGUACUCGGUUCAUUGUUCCACCUCAGGGGCUUGGAGCUGGCAGCCACGUCCUUCUCAUCUCUACAAAUCCAAAACUUGGGCCUCUUUUAACAGUUAAUAAUGGUCAUGGUUUUCAAGGUGUUUCCCAUGCUGCCCCAUCUCCCCUGAGAACUACACAAGUGUCUAGUAAUACUUUAAGUUGGCAGCCAUCAAAGCAACCUUUGAAAAGCUUUACCAAAAUUGUAAAUUCUCUUGGGACUACAAACCCACUGCCUGUUGUACAUCCGACACCACAGAUAGUGAACAGUGCUACAAAACCAAGCACUCCAUCUUUUGCAACAACAGUGUCAACAGUGUCUACAUCUUUGGUAACAGUCACCCCAUCUAAUUCUGUAACUAAACCAUCGUUGGUUGGUGUAACUCACACUGGUAACUCACAGCUGCAAGGCAAUACAGCUGUACUGCAUCUAGAUACGUCAAUCAAAAAACUUAUGGUGAGCCCAGAAGGAGCAAUUUUAAAUGCUAUAAAAACUCCAACAUCAAAAACUUCUUCAUCUUUGUCUCCUGAUGUAGUUUCCACAAGCAAGAAUCCUGCUGUUGUCUUCCCUAAUUUUUUGAACUCUAGCAUAGGUGUACCAAGCACAGCUGCAUCUUGAGCUUAGAGUAAAUGAGCCGUUAAAAUGUUGGGGCAUUCUUUUGUGUUCACCUUUAAUUUAUAAUUGUUUUUUUAAUUGCUUAUGUGGUUUGAAACAUACCACUCAUGUGGCUUAUGUACAUGAACCUGAAGCAUGGGAAGGCAAUUUUAUGCAGAUGGAAUCUGGCAGUAAGGGAACUGGACUGUUUUGCAUCCGCUCAGAAUUCAUGAGCUGAAUGAAGUCAGGAUCCUGCGCAUGUCAUAUGUAUUACUUGUCCAGGUUGCCAUUGACUGGAAAGUUCUAUAUACUCAAAUUUUACAGCGUUUAUCACAUGCCCAACGGUUUUUGUGCGGAAGGGUGUAGUUGAUUUUUUAAAAAAUGCUUCACCUUAGAUUGCUGUUUUUAGUUCUCCCUUUUAAAAAAAUACGGUUAAGAAAACACCAUUUAGAAUACUUUUCACACCUGUGCUUUUAAAGGUGGAUUUUGUGUUUUGGGGAGGUUGGUAAUGAAAAUGGUUUAAAAGGCCAUCUGUUGAGACAUGUUGCAGAAAGCAGUGUUUUGUUCUUGCUUACCACAUUUACAGAAAUACGUUUCUUUUCAAAAAUCUAGACAUUUUUCCUUCUUUAUAAACAGUACAGUUUUUUGCAAAUUUACUUUGUUUCUGUUUUUUAAAGCAUAUUUAUGCAUUGUAAAAAUGCAAUCUAUUCUGUAAAAUUGUACAUAUCCCUGAUUCCCUACCAAUAUGUACUAAACUAUGUGUAAAAAGAACUACUCUGUCUUAUUUAUGUUUUGUUUACAUAAUGUAUAGUUUUUUAAGUAUUUUAGUAAUUUUGGACAAGUGUACUGUUUAGCAAUAAUGCAGAAGAAUCUGCAUGUAAUAAUAAACCAAGUUGCUGUAUUUCUGCUUGAUAA